AUGUCUCAUCUCCCAUACUUCGCAUACCCAGGCUCGGGCCACAUCAAGCAGAGGGAUUUUCACUAUUCCCAAGCGGUUCGCAUAGGCGAUUUCAUCCACUGCUCCGGACAAGGUGGGUGGAAUCCCGAGACCGACGUGAUCUAUAAGGAGAUCAACGCGCAGAUAGACCAGGCGUUCAUCAAUGUCGAUAUCGCUUUGAAGGACGCGGGAGGCAAAGGAUGGGAACAGGUUUACCAGAUUGAUUCAUACCAUGUCCCGAUCAACAAUGAGGCUCUCGAGGCCAUGGUCCGGAACAUGAGAAAGUGGUGUCCGAACCACAAGCCUCUUUUCACCUGCGUAGGGGUGCCCAGGCUGGGCGAAGACGAUAUGCGAGUAGAGAUAAAAGUAUCAGCUCACGAUCCCGAAGGGGCCGCCAAGGCCGCUCGGGAGGCGAAAUGA